CAUGGUUUUUCUAGAUGUGGGAGAUUUCCUCCUGAGGUUAGAACUGCCAUUCCAGUUGAAGGACGAUUUGAACAUGUUGUUCUGUCUUGUAAUGCUACAUCUGAUCAUGGAAUUGUUUGGAUAGAACGUGAAGCACAAAAGGCUUUAGAUUUAAUGGAUGAAAAUGUUGACUUAACUUCACCACCAUCCCAAAAAAUGGAGAGAAAACAGACUCUUGAGAAAGAACAUAAGGAUGCACUUGAAAGAAUAGUCAGCUUGAAUGUGCCAAAUGCGGAACCACCAAUAAGCAAGACGGCAAAAGGCAGUAGUGAUGAUACACCAGUCAAGAUCAUAAUUGAGGAUUCCAGUGAUGAUACACCAGUUGAGAUCAAAAUUGAGGAAUCUUCAAGUAACAAUUUGAAUUCCUCUGGGAAAACUAACUGGGAUGAAUUGGUAGAGAAGCUGUUUCACAGAAAUGAAUCUGGUAACCUUGUUCUGAAGAGAAAUAUACCUGUGCAGUAAAUUUCCAUUGUGAGUGUCCUUUUCCUUUCGGCUUUCUUUUCAUUUAGAUAUAAGUCCAUAUGUGUGCCCAUUGUGUGUAUAAUAUAAUAUGUGUGUAAAAAAUAGAAAAAUAAAAAAUCAAAUCUUAUGAAUUUCUGGGAAGAGGAAAUUUAAUCUAGAAGAAUGUAUAUCAUUGUUUUGCCUAAUUGGCUAUUUCUGUAUCAGUACCCCUCAAAAUUUGUUGAAAAUUUUGUUAUUGUAAAA